GACUGAAAUCAACAAGUUCAAAUUAACGUACACUUUUUUAUAUAUUUCUCCGAGUUUUCGAUAUUAUUUUGGGACGAUGAACGUGAACAGUGACUGGGACUGGGACUGGGACUCAGUCAACGAUUGCGCCCACUUCAAUUUCUGGCGCGACUUUCGUGAAGUCUUUGCCGGGGAAGGCAUUGGGCUAUUGAAACUGGUGAACAGUGCCGCAGAUGCCUGGCAGGGUCUAACGCCCAACCAGAAGAAACAGUUCGAGAAGAAAGAGUACGUGGCAGAGCGUGAAGCUGAGUUGAAGCGUGUGAGGAGCGGUGAGUCUGUGUCUGCGGUGUUGGAGCAGAGGAGGAACGCUUUCCGCCAGCUGGCCCUGAGCGGACAGGCCAAGUACGAGGCAGAGUUCAAGAAGGUCAACCUGAAAUGGGACAAGACAGAGUGUGGGGCAGACGGGGCCCAAUGCAAGGGGCACGAUGCGCCGCUCUUCAAUUUUAGAUCCUGUUUUAGCGGCGUCUUCAAACUGUUCUUUGGCAAGUGCUACUGGCUCCCGGCUCUGGACCGCUUUGAGCUCCUUUCUCUGAACGCCUUCGUGCCCCUGGCUCUGAACGCCUUCGUACUCGACGUCUCUGUGAUCCCCGAGCCAUUCAGUUCUCGGCAAACGGCCGGCUGCCUCUGUCAGGUGGAAUGCGCCGUGGCGGCUGUCUACAAUUCCAACAUAUGCCUGGGUAUUGUUGCCAAGGAUGGAGUUCUUCUAGCCGCUGAGUGUCGCAACAGUCGACUGAUCGGCAGCUGGCCAUCGGAAAAGAUGUUUCGCUUGGCCAAUAAUGUGGCGUGCAGCUGGACGGGUCGCGAGGCCGAUGCCACGAGCUGA